AUGGAAAACAAACGAGAAGAUGGAAAUAGAAAACUUUUGCCGCUUAUGGAAUUUAAGAGAACACUCGUAGACAAUGUUUUGUCCACAUAUAAGAAAUCUGAACAUAAUAUACUUCAGACAUGGACGGUGAUGGGUGUGCUUCUCAAUAUGUUUGGACAAGGCUUGGUCCUCAGUUAUCCUUCGGUGCUGUUGCCGGCGCUACUCAAACCUGAAUCGGACAUCAAAGUGGAUCUCUACACAGCUUCCUGGGUAGCAUCCAUUAUCGGCAUCGCGGGAAUUCCUGGCUUUGUGACAUCUUCUCUUCUCAUGGACAUCUAUGGACGAAAGUUGGCUCACGCAGUUGUCGUGGUGCCAGCGAUAGUUAACUGGUUUCUUAUAUACAGUGCUACUAAUGUUCCCGUACUCUUGAUUGGUCGGGCUCUAGGUGGUAUGGCUGCCGGGGCCACAGUGUCCUUAGGCGCCAUUGUCAUAGGAGAGUACACGAGUCCUAGAAAUAGGGGAAUGUUCUUGAAUCUCCAAACUACUGCGGUAUGCAUUGGGUAUAUGGCCGUUCAUAUUUUUGGGCACUUUUACACUUGGAAAACUAUAGCUCUGAUAGCUGUUAUACCUCACAUAGCUGCCUUAUUAAUCAUAUGUACUUGGCCAGAAAGUCCAUCCUGGUUAGUUGCACAAAAGCGAUUUGAAGAGAGCAAAAAGUCCUUCUACUGGCUACGAGGACAAUCCGAAGAGGCAACUUUAGAAAUAGAAGAGCUCAUAAGAGCUCAAAAAGAAAAAGUCGAAUAUUCGGUGUCGUCAUCAUCAAUAUUCUCAAUGUUUGUAGAAUUUCUAAAGAAAUUUACAAAAAGAGACUUUUUAAAACCAUUACUUAUAGUCGUUUUUUGUGGACUUCUUUUGGAAUCCUGUGGAAGGCAUAUAUUCCCAGCUUACGCUAUUCAAAUCAUCGAAGAGGUCACCGGCAACAAAACCCAAUCUUUCUAUUACACUUUGGGUAUAGAUUUGAUAAUAACUGCGAGUGCAUUAUUUUCGUCUGUUCUUGUUAAACUGAUGAAAAGGAGAACCCUUCUUUUAAGCACCGGUUUUGCAGCAUUAUUUGUUUUAAUGUGUGUAUGUUUGUAUCUUUACUUAUCAUCAGCGGCUAUUAUUUCAAAGGAUAACACAUGGAUACCUAUUAGCUUGUUUGCUAUUUACUUUAUAUUAGCUAACUUAGGAUGUACUCCAAUACCAUUAGCUUUGUUGGGAGAAGUUUUCCCUCUUGCCCAUAGAGGAGCUGGAUCUUCUGCGGGAGGUUUCCUAUUGUCAAUUUACGUGAUGGCUGGCUUGCAAGUUACACCGUUUUUAUUAGUUAGCCUAAAAGUAUACGGAACGUUUGCUGUUUUUGGGUCACUAAUGGGAGUGGCUCUAGUUGCUUUGUAUUUCAUUCUCCCAGAGACAAAAGAUAAAACUUUACAACAGAUUGAAGAUUAUUUCAACUUUGGAAGGUUCAAAGAAGAAAGAGUUGAUAGAGACGAAGAAGCUAAAAUGCAAAUGAUGCCUAAA